GCCGCCAUCAGUGAAAGACAAAGACAGAGUUUAUUGAAGGACAGUGAGAAGAUGAGUGAUCCAGAACCCUGCAGAAUUAAACAGGAAGAGACUGAAGAACUAAUAGAUGUGAUUGUGAAGGAGGAGAGUGAGGAACUGAGUGAAGAUGAGGAGAAAUAUCAUGUCAAGAGUGAAGAAGAAACUCGAUCAGAGACUGAAGAUAGUUUUUCAGUGGAAAGAACAGCCGUGAAACGUUUCACCUGCAUUGAGUGUGGAAAGAGUUACAGCCGCAAAUCCAGUCUCAAGAUUCACAUAAGGAUUCACACUGGAGAGAGACCUUACCAGUGUUCACACUGCGACAAGAGAUUCAGUAGUUCAGAAAACCUGAAUUCACACGAGAGGACACACUCAAGAGAGAAACCUUACGAGUGUUCACACUGCGACAGUAGAUUCAAUCGUUCAGAAAACCUGAAAACACACAUGCUGAUCCACACAGGAGAGAAAACACACGGAUGUGAUCAGUGCAGCAAAACAUUUUUGAGGGCUUCAGAGCUGAAGAUCCAUCUUAGAGCUCACGCAAACGAGAGGCCUCAUAUAUGUUCUGAGUGUGGGAAGAGUUUUACACAGAAAUCACAUUUAAAAGACCAUCAGAAGAUCCACAGUGGUGUGAGAGAGUUUGUCUGCUCUGAGUGUGAGAAGACAUUCAGAAGAGCUGAACACUUAAAACGACACCAGAGGAUUCACACUGAAGAGAAAACUUAUGAGUGUUCACACUGCGAUGAGAGAUUCAGACUGGCUGGUACCCUUAAACAUCACAAAAUGAUCCACACUGGAGAGAAACCACACAAAUGUGAUCAGUGCGGUAAAACAUUUUUGAAGCCUUCAGAGCUGAAGAACCAUCUCAGAGUUCAUACAAACGAGAAGCCUUACUCAUGCGCUGAGUGUGGGAAGAGUUUUAUUACAAAUAAACACUUGAAAAAACACCAGAAGAUCCACACUGGAGAGAAACCAUACGAGUGUUCAUAUUGCAACAAAACAUUCAGACGUUCAGGACACCUGAAAAUACAUGAGAUGAUUCACACUGGAGAGAAACCGUAUGAGUGUUCACACUGCGACAAAACAUUCAGACGUUCAGAAGACCUGAAAUCACACAUGAUGCUCCUCACUGGAGAGAAACCACACAAAUGUGAUCAGUGCAGCAAAACAUUUUUGAGGGCUUCAGAGCUGAAGAGACAUCUCAGAGUUCAUACAAACGAGAAGCCUUAUUUAUGCUCUGAGUGCGGAAAGAGUUUCAGACAGAAGUCACAUUUAAAAGAGCAUCAGAAGGUCCACACUGCUGUGAGAGAGUUUGUGUGCUUGGACUGUGAGAAGGGUUUUAAGAAAGCUACCGACUUGAGACGACACCAGAUGAUUCACACUGGAGAGAAACUGUACAUAUGCACUCAGUGUGGGGAGAGUUUCGCACAAUUAUCAAACCUUAAUAAACAUGUAGAGAUCCACACUGGAGAGAAUAUCACUAAUUAAACAAGCAGAAUGAAAUUUCCAGACAACUCUACUUUGUACAAACACCAGAUUUCACAGUUAAACAGCCCCUGUUAUACAUUAUAAAAGGUCCUAUUUUGAUUUCGGGGUCUCCAACAACAGGCUGAUGUGAACGCAAGCUCAAAGAACACUGUUAUUGUCUUAUAUUAUACAUUUAUUUUUACCUAAUGAUCCCAACAAAUCCGAUAUAACUUGUUCAGUGAUCCAUUUUUUUCCAAACCCUUCCUUUGUGUGACAAUAAUCUUUGGUGAUUAGUCUGAUGACCCAGUCUGUUGUGAUUGGUUGACUGCGCUCAACGCAAGACUGAUAGGAAACGCCCACGACGGCUUAUCAAUAUACUGGAGCAACUAUGACGUCAGUUUGUAUGCCGUAAGCAGUUAGCAUGUUAGCAGUUCUGGUUCAAUCGUCCCAGAGUCAGUGGGUUAUUGAAUGGGAUUUUGGUUAAAUGGCUUAAAUAAGGUUGGUGGCAAACACAAACUCAAGAUACUUUCACGUUUUAUUCUAAGACACUAAACACAUCACUCUUGACUUUUUAAAUCGGUUCCGCUUCUGUAAAAAGACGGUUGCUCAAUGGGUCUACAGGCGAUGUCGGACUCAUUAUACGUCAUCGAGCUGAACUGGUCUGGAAUGAAGCCCGCUUUUACAGCUUGUGUUGGGCGUUUGGAUUUGUCUGUUUUUUGGUUAAGUGUUUUCGUAAGUAGUGUUUUAUAGUUUGUAGUGUUUAUCUAUUUAUUCAUAUUGUGUGUAAAUAAUGCCUUCACUUGUAGAGACCGUCAUGACAGAUUCAUUUGUUGAUCAUUAAUUUUAAUAAAACAGUUUCAUG